AUGAGCGACGAUGAGCUGGGACAAUUCAAGGAAAUCUUCAUCAGUUGUGACUCGGAUCCCUGCUCAUCUAGAUAUCUGCGUGUCUCGAGUCUUUGGCCUCGAAUCAUUGGAUGGAAUGAGACGCGAUGGAUUCCCCGAAAAACUCUUGAAUGGGCUGAAUUUAGCGAUCACAAAAAAGAGGACGAAUGUCAGCGACGCGUGCUCAAAUAUUACUCGGAUCAUCAGAAAAAAUUGAAACGUAUCAUCCACAGCACUAAAGGUCAAAUGAUUGUCGAGAGGGAAACCGGUGUUGUCGGAGGAUCGAUCAUCUUGUACGUUCCAUUCGAUAACUGGGAGUCCGCUGAACGUCGAGCUCAGCACAUGCAAGAGAUCAUUCGCGCUUUUCUUUUACUUGUACUUGCAUUCAACGGUGGCGAGGGACUCGUCGAGAAGAGGGGAGUGCAAAUCUCAUUGAAAACUUACGAUGUUCAACCCGAUUCGCGAAUUAAGAUCAUGACCGACACGAUGGACACGAAAGAUUUGCUGCUGAAGAUCUACUACGUUCUCGCGAGCGACCCGUCAAUUCCGCCAUUGUUUUUUCGACACAAAACUCUCGUUGCAACAUAUUUACAUUUUUCGCAAAUGGUCUCGAAUCGUUUCACGCCGUUUUUCGAGGGUUAUACAUGGGAACUUGAGCGGCUUCGUGAAAAUGAUGAAGAAAAUAGAGAUGAAGAGCUAUCCAAUUGUAUUCAUUCGACAAAGGAGGCAAAGCGAAGGGUGCUUCAUCGGGUAUCGUCGGUGUUGAUUCAAAGUGUUUCCUUCAAGAAAUGUUGGCUUAAAAACCAUUCAAAGGAUUGUAGAACUUUG